AUGGAAAAAGGUACAGAAACUACGACAGCAGUGACAGAAACAAAAAGCAUACUAAUUACAAACUCUCAGAACAACAUAAGCAGCUCUGCAAGAAGAGAACGAGAAAACAAAACUGUCCUCUCUGAAAUAAGGUCGAAUACUAUUACAAAUCAGCAGAAAAUAGACAAAUACAAGUUAAUGCGAGAUGCAUCCCCGGCCUCAGACACCACCCAGGCCAGCCUCUCCUUCACGCUGGCUGACAGUGCGGGGACGCUGCCAGGGCGGCCCACCUCCAGAGCCCUCACGCAGGGGCAGGCCACGGCCGAAGCAAGGACCACCUCAUCUUCCACAGGGAGCCCCUCUCCUGACGCGGCCUCCGCCUCCGCGCCUACCCGUGCCACGACUGCUCCCGCCGAAGGCCAGAGUCCCGCCACGAACCAGGGCAGCAGCAUGACCACUGAGCCCAACGCCAACACCUCCCUUUCCGUCCCUGCCACGUCUUUGGUGACCCCAUCCACCACAAGGACGGCAGGCGGAGAAGGGCAAACGGAGACGGCGGCCACCACGCCAACUCGGGAAGGGAGCUCACUCGGGCUCUCGGCCAAUACCGAGGCGACCAGCACCGCCGUCCCGACCACGAGGCCCGACGCCAUUGCCACCGGCGACGGCGGGCGGAGAAGGGCAAACGGAGACGGCGGCCACCACGCCAACUCGGGAAGGGAGCUCACUCGGGCUCUCGGCCAAUACCGAGGCGACCAGCACCGCCGUCCCGACCACGAGGCCCGACGCCAUUGCCACCGGCGUGGCCACAGCCAGUGGCAGUGCUGCCGCCUCCGUGUCUCUCACGCCCACCUCGGCAGCCGUCAGCCACUUCUCCUCCGCCUCUCCUGCGGGCUCCUCACCUGCCACUCCCAGCCCACACAGAAGCACCACCAGCGGCACCACUCAGGCGCGCUCGCCCGCCACCUCCCACCCAUCCACGACACUCGCGUCCUCCGCUCCUUCCUCCACUCAUGGCGCUACCAGCCUUGGCUCGCGCGCUGUGAGCGCAGAGGCCACGAAGCACAGCCCAGCUCCCAGCACGCCCAGUCCCCCGCCACCGGCUUCCGCCUCCGGCACAUCCCCGGCCUCAGACACCACCCAGGCCAGCCUUUCCUCCACGCUGGCUCACAGCGCGGGGACGCUGACAGUGCGGAGACGCUGCCAGGGCGGCCCACCUCCAGAGCCCUCACGCAGGGGCAGGCCACGGCCGAAGCAAGGACCACCUCAUCUUCCACAGGGAGCCCCUCUCCUGACGCGGCCUCCGCCUCCGCGCCUACCCGUGCCACGACUGCUCCCGCCGAAGGCCAGAGUCCCGCCACGAACCAGGGCAGCAGCAUGACCACUGAGCCCAACGCCAACACCUCCCUUUCCGUCCCUGCCACGUCUUUGGUGACCCCAUCCACCACAAGGACGGCAGGCGGAGAAGGGCAAACGGAGACGGCGGCCACCACGCCAACUCGGGAAGGGAGCUCACUCGGGCUCUCGGCCAAUACCGAGGCGACCAGCACCGCCGUCCCGACCACGAGGCCCGACGCCAUUGCCACCGGCGUGGCCACAGCCAGUGGCAGUGCUGCCGCCUCCGUGUCUCUCACGCCCACCUCGGCAGCCGUCAGCCACUUCUCCUCCGCCUCUCCUGCGGGCUCCUCACCUGCCACUCCCAGCCCACACAGAAGCACCACCAGCGGCACCACUCAGGCGCGCUCGCCCGCCACCUCCCACCCAUCCACGACACUCGCGUCCUCCGCUCCUUCCUCCACUCAUGGCGCUACCAGCCUUGGCUCGCGCGCUGUGAGCGCAGAGGCCACGAAGCACAGCCCAGCUCCCAGCACGCCCAGUCCCCCGCCACCGGCUUCCGCCUCCGGCACAUCCCCGGCCUCAGACACCACCCAGGCCAGCCUUUCCUCCACGCUGGCUGACAGUGCGGGGACGCUGGCAGGGCGGCCCACCUCCAGAGCCCUCACGCAGGGGCAGGCCACGGCCGAAGCAAGGACCACCUCAUCUUCCACAGGGAGCCCCUCUCCUGACGCGGCCUCCGCCUCCGCGCCUACCCGUGCCACGACUGCUCCCGCCGAAGGCCAGAGUCCCGCCACGAACCAGGGCAGCAGCAUGACCACUGAGCCCAACGCCAACACCUCCCUUUCCGUCCCUGCCACGUCUUUGGUGACCCCAUCCACCACAAGGACGGCAGGCGGAGAAGGGCAAACGGAGACGGCGGCCACCACGCCAACUCGGGAAGGGAGCUCACUCGGGCUCUCGGCCAAUACCGAGGCGACCAGCACCGCCGUCCCGACCACGAGGCCCGACGCCAUUGCCACCGGCGUGGCCACAGCCAGUGGCAGUGCUGCCGCCUCCGUGUCUCUCACGCCCACCUCGGCAGCCGUCAGCCACUUCUCCUCCGCCUCUCCUGCGGUUCCUAUCACUUUCUUCAUACAGCUGGAGAAGGUGACCAGUACAAUGAUACAGUUCAGCUGGAAACCUCAAGGUGGCACAAGAGACAGUCCUUACAGAGUGCACCUGUGGGGAGGCUCUAGAGAGAUUGAGAACAAAAGCCUAAAUGAAACAACUGCUGAAGUCUUCAACGGAACCACAAGGAUUACCAAUGAAGUUUUCAUACCUGAAUAUCAGAACAAAUCAAGUGCAGCAUUUAAGGACUUUGAAACUAAGUUCAUUAAGGAGGUAAAAAAACAUCUGCCCCAGAAGAUCCUAGAAUUAAUAAAGGAGAAAAAAAUGCGUAUUGUGAUUAAUAGCAUCAAGAAUGGCAGUGUGAUUGUGCUCUUUGACAUUGUGUUGGAUGUAGGAGAAAAUAUAACAAAAACAGAGAUUUCAGAUGCUUUUACAGAGGCCCUUAACAUGAGUACAGUAUUGAAAGCUGAUCUUAAAAAGACUCUUAUAGAAGAUUACCAAGCAUUUGCCUGCAGAGUUUUGUUAAAAAGCCAGACAUUCAACCAUAUGCUUUAUAACUCUGAUAGUGAAGGAUACAAAACAAUGUCUAAAAGUAUCAAAACAGAAGUUGUCAGAGAAAUGCGCAUUAAACUGAAAGAUGACCACUUCGAUAUCAUUAUGCUUGGAUUCAGACCUGGGAGUGUGAUUGCUUAUUUUAUUUCUCUACUGCAAAAACAAGAGCCCAUUGAUGUGAACGUUAUGCAGGCACACUUAAGUCAAAUAUUAAAGAGCAAGUUUGGUGACCAAACUGAAGUAACUGUACAAUGCCUUUCAUUGCCUUUAUCGGGCAAUCAGGCAGCUUUCCAGUUUUGGCCUAUCAGUUUAGAGACUGUGGUUUCAGUGGACUGUCUCGUGGAGCAAGACAUGGCUCUCUCUGCUCAGUCAUCAACUGGAAAAAGUUCCACCUGGAAAGUGGCAGUGAUUGUCCUUGGAGUUUUACUUGGAGUUGCAUUAGUGCUGAUUCUUCUGUAUGGCUCCUGGAGGAACCUUGCCAAGGACCCUGGUUAA